CAGGAGGGUGGCAGCGGAGCCGUGAGCUGCCGCACCAGAUGGUGCCGCCCAGACUGCCGCGUGGAGGGCACCUGCCUGCCCCCCUGCUGUGUGGUGAGCAGCACACCCCCAACCUGCUGCCAGCUGCACCAUGCCCAGGCCUCCUGCUGCCGCCCAUCCUACUGUGGGCAAUCCUGCUGCCGCCCAGCCUGCUGCUGCCACUGCUGCCAGCCCAGCUGCCCUGAGCCCAGCUGUUGA